AUGGGUUUGAGUGGGUUCUUUACACGAUUUGGCGCAACCGCUGGGAUUAUGGUUGUGUUUGCCGGCAUCAGUUUGGUUGCACUGCACUUGCUUCUGAACACAUGGAAUUUUCCGAGAAAGUUUUUCUCACCGCUUUUUUUAGGUGCGUACAAAUUGAAGAAAUCGAGCGAUUCGUUGCAGUUCAAGGGAACAGCAUGGAAAGCUCAGGAAAUGGAGGAUUUCUUGCACUGCAAAGAAGAAAAUAUGAAAAUUGACUCGCAGCCCCCGCCGAUGUUAGCUUCACGAUGA